CACACACACACACACACACACACACACACACACACACACGUUUGUGAGAAAAGGAGAAGACUAAAGAUAGAGGGGAGGGGGUUUGAGGGAGACGUCAGCAAACAUGCAUUCAUACUUUCUCCCCAUUUUCUGCUCUCUCUCACUCACGCGCUCUUUCUCCUUCUGUCUCUUUCUUCCUCUCUGUGAGCUAGCUGCCCUCUCUCGUCAUCUUCAAGCCACCAUGGGCACCAGAUAACCGCCUGCAGGCUUUCCACACAUCAUGGGUUGCUGCCUCUGUAAAAGUCACAAAGAGCUCCACUAUCCCCUAACUGUGCUCCAUGAGCGACAUGCUCCAACCUCCGCCAAGGCUGAUCAGGCUCCAUCAAAUGGCCAAGGAGCAGAUAAAAGCAACCACUACAGCAUUGGCGAGCUGGCCACGUCCUCUCUGUUAGGUCUUGUGGCCACGAUAAAGGAGCACAUCACCAAGCCCACGGCUAUGGCUCAAGGGCGAGUGGCUCACCUGAUUGAGUGGAAGGGCUGGGGAGGUGGCGGCGAGGCCGGAGCGGGUGUCGGCGGUUGGAGCGGAGGCUGGGCUCGAGGAGGCGGAAGCUGGGGCCCCGAGGAAGAUCAACAAUUUUACUCCCAAAUGACAGAUGAGAUCAAGGAAGCUCGCUUUGCAGCCGGAGUAGCAGAGCAGUUUGCCUUGGCUGAAGCUGCCAUGAGUUUUUGGUCCUUGAACGACUGCUUUGAGCAACCUUCGACCAGCCUGCAAGGGGCGCCGCAAAGCCACCUUUUGUCUGGUUUCCUGCUGGAUGACGCAAGCGCCAGCAUCCCGCAGUACCUGCACAGCAUCCACGCCGAGACGCAUGGCGAGAGCCAGCUCAGCGGCCUGGUUGCCCCCAAACCUCCAUCCAUGGCCUCCCCUAAACCGCAGAAGAAUUCUACCAGCGAAGAUAAAUGCGGUGCAGUCACCACAGAGGCUGCUGUGCGACACAUAGACAGCAGCUCACUCUCUGAGGAUGAUGUGUUUUAUAAUUAAAUACCUUCACAUUGCAAUUGUAGUGGUGCCUUAAGAUAUGAGCGCGAUAUGGCUACAGUGAACUCAACUAACUUAACAUUAAGCAGCAGUUUGGCAGAGACCAAACCGGUUUUCAAAAUAAGAGGUUUCAAGUUGUUAGUGCAAAUCCCAGUUGAAGUUGACAGUCAAAUUCAACCUAAGAGAUUUAUACAUUGUGUAUUUAAAACAACCCCAUAGCUUUGUCUUUGGAAAGUCCGCUUAGUUUAAUACACUUUUUCAGCAUGUGAGCUACUCAUAAAACAACCAAGUGAAAAUGAUCUGCCCACUACAAAAAUGCAAAAUCUAUAAUUAUUUUCAACUGUAUUGCGAAUUCUUUGUAUGUACAGUACAAUGUAUGUUGGUGUACCUCGCAUAAUCGAAUGAGUCAAAAUUGCACAACACACAUAGUAAUUAACUAUUAACAUUUUUUGUAAUUACCCGAGUCUAUUAUUUGGUCAAAAUUCAGUUGUCACCUGACUGGUUACCCUGUACAUCAAUCAAGUGACAGGAUGGAUAAUAGACAUCUAUUUUUUUUAAUGUCAGGCUGCGAUCAACCGGUAGAUCGCGUUCAAUGUAAUGAGCACCCCUAGUUUAAGACUUGCAAACAAGUCCAAACUCCCUGGAUGGGCUAACCAUCCACCAACCACCAUUUAGGUAAUGGAUAUAUGAAUGCAAAUUGUGUUGCAACACAAUGAAGACAGACAAUUUAAUAUGCUUACAUUAUUUAUCCUCUGCAAAGAAUGACUUCAUAUUACUGGCAGCUUAUUGAAGAGCCGAUACGGACUCCAUGAAUGGUACCUUAUACUCAUAUGUUUGUAUUACACUGCAGGUGGCCGAGGUGCGCAAACCAAAAGGAACAGCUCAAUGUCCACUAAACUGAAGCAAAACAUGUGGCAAAACUAUAUUUGAAUUCUUUACAUUCUAUUUCAUUACAUCAUUACUUUAUGUGUAAAAUAUUGAGGGGCACAAUUAUCUGAACAUUUGUAUUGAUUUUAUUGGGAGCCUGGAGCCGAUUAAUGACAUUUCUAUUCAAUUCAGUGGGGAAAGAUGAAUUGCGAUAUGAGUAUUUUGCAUUCCGAGCGUGGUCAAUGAAACUCGUAUCUCAAGGCAUCACUGUACUGUAUCUGGGUUUGACCAAGAAAGACUCAAGUUUAACACCAGCAGUGAAAAUAACUUCAUAGAAUUGCCCACCUGGAAAAGAUUUGUGAAUGUAUAGUUGCUUCGCUAUAUUGAACUUUUCUAUUCAUUGUACAUUAGAUAUAUUUUAUUGUAUGUUGACCUGACAGCCAAUGGGAAGUAUAGUAUUGUGUAAUUAUCUUGGUAUAAAACCACCUGCGUGA